AUGAGUAGUAGUAGAGGAGGAUGUGGCGGUGGACUCUCGCGUCCUCCGCCCACUAACACGAUGUGGACAGGUGGAUUCACUAACGCGCAAAUGGAAAGUAGAGAACUGAACGAAGGAGUUAUACAAUCAAUGGAGGACGAUAGAAACAACAUGAAUCAUGCACCCGCAGAGCUAGGAGAUCAAGCACGAGAGAUGCCAUCGAUUGCUACUGCAGUCAAUACGGCCAAGAAGACAGCUAAUAAUAAGUCAUCUACUACUAAGAAAGUGCCUGCAACUAAAAAGGCACCGACAAAAAAAGCUGGCACGAAGUCUGCGCCCAGAGGGAAGGGUCUCUCUAUUCCGGUAGCAAAAGAGAGAACAGUCAGGCAACAGAAGCAACAGGGAAUGUAUGCCGAUGACUUAAAAUUGUGA